AUGACGACUAGAAUAAAAGUUUUUCCUUUCUUGAUUCUAAUAACUCAGCUGCUUCUGCUACUGCCACGUCACCGGAACUCGGCUAACGCCGCCGGUGGCAGGUGGGACUUACUGAUGUCCAACAUCGGUAUUUCCUCCAUGCACAUGCAACUCCUCAACAACGAUAGAGUCGUCAUGUACGAUCGUACUGAUUUUGGUGAGUCUAACAUCUCCUUGCCUAAUGGCAAAUGUCGUAACAAUCCUAAUGACCUCACUUUGAAAGUCGAUUGCACCGCCCACUCCGUUGAGUACGAUGUGUCCACCAACAGGGUACGUCCCCUCAUGGUCCAGACCAACGUGUGGUGCUCCUCCGGCUCCGCCAUCUCUGAUGGUUCUUUGGUUCAGACGGGUGGAUUCAACGAUGGUGAAAACGUCGUAAGAGUUUUUAAACCGUGUAAUGGAAAUAAAAACACGUGUGAUUGGAAAGAAAUAGGAGGUGCCUUGAUACAAAGUCGAUGGUACGCCACCAAUCAUGUGUUGCCAGAUGGAAGACAAAUCAUCAUUGGUGGUCGUGAAGCUUUUAACUACGAAUUUUAUCCUAAGACUGAUUUGACCAAUAAUAUAUUCGGUCUUCCAUUUCUUCAACAAACUAAUGAUCGUAGAGAGGAAAACAAUCUUUAUCCGUUUGUUUUUCUUAAUGUGGAUGGAAAUCUAUUCAUUUUCGCGAAUAAUCGAGCUAUAUUAUUCAAUUACACAUCAAAUACGAUAGUAAAAAUGUAUCCACAAAUACCUGGUGGUGAUCCGAGAAAUUAUCCAAGUACAGGUUCUGCGGUUCUUCUUCCUUUAAAGAACUUGGAGGCACAAAAAAUUCAAGCUGAGGUUUUGGUAUGCGGUGGAACGAAAAAUGGCUCAUUCCUUGAGGCACAAAGAGGUAACUUUUUGAGUGCAUUAAAUACUUGCGGUCGGAUUAUAAUUACCGACCCGAAUCCACAAUGGAUCAUGGAGACUAUGCCACUAGCUCGGAUAAUGGGUGAUAUGGUAAUUCUGCCCAAUGGAAAUGUGGUGAUCAUUAACGGAGCGGCAGCAGGUACGGCUGGAUGGGAACUUGGUAGGAGCCCCAUUUUGAGUCCGGUGAUUUAUCGUCCCGAUAAUCAAGUUAAUUCAAGAUUUGAGGUGCAAAACCCUAGUACUAUACCAAGAAUGUACCAUUCAACAACAAUUUUACUUCGAGAUGGUCGAGUUUUGGUUGGUGGUAGUAAUCCACACGGGCUUUACAACUUCACAGGAGUUCUUUACCCAACAGAAUUAAGCUUGGAGGCAUUUUCACCGUCGUAUUUGGAUUUAGAAUCCGUGGAUUUACGCCCACGAAUUAUUUCACCCGCUUUCCGACAUAAUGUCAAAUAUGGGGGACGGCUAAAUAUUCGAUUUACAAUAGCCGGGUCGAUAAAUAUGAAUUUGGUCAAGGUGACUAUGGUUGCACCAGGAUUUAACACACAUUCAUUUACUAUGAAUCAAAGAAUGCUUGUGCUUUCAAGUGGUAACGUAACACAAGUUGGAACAUCAACUUAUAAAAUCAAUUCGAUCUUCCCAAAUUCGAGUAAUUUAGCACCAACAGGUUACUAUAUGUUAUUUAUGGUUCAUCAAGAUAUACCAAGUGAAGGAAUUUGGAUCAGGAUUCAGUAA